AUGGAAUGGAUACCAUAUUCUCAAAUUACAAAUUGUAAAAAAAUAGCUGAAGGAGGGUUUGGUAUUAUUUAUAAAGCAAUUUGGUUAGAUGCUAGUUCACAAUAUGAUGAUUUUUUAAGUAAUAGAGAAAAAAAUAAAACCGUGGCUAUAAAAAGGUUUUUAAACUCACAAAACAUAAGCAAAUAUUUUUUAAAUGAGGUAAAUUAAAGUUUAUUUAUUCUUAUAAUUUGAUGAUACUACACGUUUUUAUUGAUUUAUUUAUAUGUUUUUUAGCUAAAGUCACUUUAUCAAUGUUAUAACAAAUUUGAUCAUAUAAUUAAUUACCAUGGCAUUACAAAAGAUCCUGAAACGAAAGAUUAUAUGUUAAUAAUGAAAUAUGCAUCAGGUGGUAAUUUACAUGAUUAUUUACAAAAAAAUUUUAAGGAGGUCACUUGGAAUAAAAAGCUUUACAUCUUGUGGCAAAUUUCGGCUGGACUUCAUACUAUUCAUGAGGUAAAUUUUAUACAUCGUGAUUUUCAUAGUGGAAAUAUAUUGUUAGAAACUGAAUCAUCUGGAAAGUGGAAAAUCGGAGAUUUGGGAUUAUCACAACCCGCAAAUAGUACUUCAUUAAAUAAUGAAAUAUACGGAGUAAUACCUUACAUCGCACCAGAAAUAUUCCAAGGUGUUGCAUUUUCAAAGAAAUCUGAUAUAUAUAGUAUGAGUAUGAUUAUGU